AUGAUUGAUAUUUUUCAAGCGUUUUGAGGUUGACAGGAUAGGGACUUGACACGAAGUAAAAGUUUGUUCAGGUGAGAGUACCAUCUCUAUUAUCUUGAAUAUGCCGGUCCCGGGAAUGUUACCGUCUUACCAGCGCUACGUGAACGGGGUCCCUGUGUCCGUGGGGAGGAAAUCACUGCGAAUGAGAGAAAAAUACAUAAUUCUCUUAGUUUUCCUAACAUUUGGUAUGGUUUGUUUUGGUGCAUUUUUUUUCUUACCUGAUCUCAGAGACAGAGUCACUGUAUCAGAAAUGAGGCGGCAUAUUCAGAUGGGAGGUGCAGAAAUAUUUGUUCCUGGAAAGGAAAGUCCAGGUGGGUUGCAAGUUGACAAUCAUGGUGAUAUAAUCGACGUUCAUAAAGUUCAAGAUAAGGGAAGGUUAGGUGUUAAAAUUGCUGAAGAUGUAGCAAGACAAAAAGCUAUAGAUGAGCUUAGUAAUAAAUUAAAAUUACCAAAAGAUGAUACCUUGAAAGUUAAAGAUGCCAUUGAUCAAGACAAGGAGAAGUUGAAAGAGCAGGAGAAGGUAAAAGAGAUGGAGAUUCAAGUGGAGCGGCAGCGAGAGGCAAAGGACAAAGUUCACCGUGAACACUCUGGUGGUGAGGGGACGCGUGGAGGGGAACCAGCUGACCCUGCUGUGAAGGUGAAGAGAGACAAAGUCAAGGAGAUGAUGAAGCAUGCAUGGGAUAGCUACAAGAAGUAUGCUUGGGGAUCCAACGAACUGCGGCCUAUCUCCAAGCAGGGACACAGUGCCAGCAUAUUCGGGACCUCAACUCUCGGGGCCACCAUAAUUGAUGCCCUGGACACACUGUAUAUUAUGGAGAUGGAUGAAGAAUUUAAGAUUGGUAGAGAUUGGGUUGCCACAGACUUCAAAUUUGAAGGUUCAACAGAGUUGUCUGUGUUUGAGACCAAUAUCCGGUUUGUGGGAGGACUGCUGUCGGCCUACGCCCUGUCAGGGGAUAAGUUGUUCAAGGACAAGGCCAAUCAUGUAGCUGAGAAGCUGCUUCCAGCAUUCAACACACCAACGGGCCUACCGCACUCAAUGGUUAACAUUAAGACGGGCAGUACUCGUAACUGGGGCUGGGCUUCAGGGGGUUCCUCCAUCCUCUCUGAGCUGGGAUCCAUGCACCUUGAGUUUGAUUACCUUUCUAAUGUCACUGGCAAUGGCAUCUUUGCUGAAAAGGUGUAUCGUAUCCGAGACUUCAUGAACCAGAUUGAGAAACCCAAUGGACUCUACCCAAACUACAUCAACCCCAAGACUGGGAAGUGGGGACAACACCAUGUAGCUAUUGGUGCCCUGGGGGACAGUUUCUACGAGUACCUGCUUAAGAUGUGGAUACAAUCUGGCAAGACUGAUCCGGUGUCACGUAAGAUGUACGACGAUGCUGUCAGUGCAAUUGAGACACACAUGAUCAAGGUAUCGCCCGGAGGCCUGAAGUAUGUGUCUGAGUACAAGUCUGGUCGUAAUGAGCUGAAGAUGGACCAUCUCGGCUGCUUCUGUGGUGGUAUGUUUGCACUUGGGGCUGAAGGUUCCGCUGAACCUGAGAAAUAUCUGCAGCUGGGGCAGGAUAUUGCCAACACCUGCCAUGAGUCCUAUGACAGAUCAGCUACAAAACUUGGCCCUGAGGCGUUCAGGUUUGAUGGAAACACAGAGGCGAAGGCCGUACGUCAGAACGAGAAGUACUAUAUUCUGCGUCCAGAGGUGCUGGAGACCUACUUCUACAUGUGGCGCUUCACCAAGGAGCAGAAAUACAGAGAUUGGGCUUGGGAGGCUGUGCAGGCUCUGGAGACCCAUUGUCGGACGGAUGGUGGUUACACGGGUAUCCGUGAUGUUUACCAGGUGAACCCGCAGAAGGAUGACGUCCAGCAGAGCUUCUUCCUGGCGGAGACUCUCAAAUACCUCUACCUGAUCUUCUCCGAUGACUCCCUCCUACCCCUUGACAAGUGGGUCUUGAACACAGAGGCCCACCCCCUCCCUGUCCACAGAGUAUUCAAAAAGAAUGCCACAGUUACAGAAAACGAUGAGAAACAUUUAUGAGUGUUAAACUAGUGUUAAAGUAUUUGAGUUUUACAACUUUAGGGUUUAAGUGAAUCAUAUUGGUUCAUGAUUGCUAGUGAGGGAAGUCAUUGGUUGUUAUUUUCGUAUUUGUUUUCAAUCGGAACUAUUGAAAAUUAGUUUGGGAUUAGGUUGGGAAAUUCUUGUAGAAUAUUUAAUGUGUUUUAGAAAAGCUAAAUGAUAGUAAUAUUUGUUAAUGUUUGAUAUAUUGUGAUAAGGCAAUCAAAUAUUGUUAAAAAGCACAGCACUUCCAGUGCAAACUUUGCUGCUAUACGGCAGUGUGUGUAAGACUAAUCCAGACUUGCACCUGAAGAUCAUCUUCUCAAUCAUUUGCUGGAAUCAUUUAUCACACAUUGAGACUACGUAUUGUAUGACUUUUGAAGUCAGAUACUAUUUAAUUUAAACAGUUGAACAAAGUAUAAUCCAUAGUUGAUCAGCUAAAGUGCUUAAUAUCAGAAGGAGUGUUUUCACGAUGGUAAGUAAAUCAUUAAGGCUUAAAUUGACCGCUGAAGGAAGAUAUUUAAUUGAUUGGUAUAGGGCUUUUUGUAAGAAAAUCCUUGAUUUCUUUUGUAGAAUAACAUUUUUGAGUAAAUUUAUGAAUUGAAGUGAAUUUUAAGGCACAAACAUGUUUUAUCCCUGCUCAAGCAAUGUGUUUUUAAAAGGCAUUGUUUUGAGAGUUCCAUCAUCCUUAAGAAACAUUGUAUUUAUAUUCAAAAUACUAUCAUUAUAUAAAAAACUGAAAAGAACACAUAUUUUGAUUGUUGUUUUUAAUACUUUUAGGAAAUAAUUCAUUAUUAAUAUAUAAACUGUUAACAGUAUAAUGGGGUUAUGGGAUAUUGGUUGGUGGUCACCAGGUCGGAGAAGUGAGUUUUCUCCGAGCACUCCUAUUCCCCGACAAAGCAAGACCACACUCUCGUGCAACAUUGUGCCAAUGGGAGUGACUUAGCAUUCAUAGGUUAACUUUCUUCACAAUUGUUGUUAUACAUUUUAACUGAACAGUAUAAUUGUUGUAUAUUAAGUCGCUAGUAAGUUACUGUUUUGGUAAUACUGAAUGUAAAAUAUAAAUGUAAUACUGAAUGUAAAAUAUAAAUGUAUUUGUUAAUGUUUAUGUUGACAAGCUUUGGUGGAGAACGAAAGCCUCGAAACAACUUCUCCAAUUAGUUUUAGUGUGCUACUGUUUUUGUUAAUUAGUACCUCAAUUUGUUGAUGCUUAAGUGCCAAAGUUAAAACUGUUCCGUAUGUUGGAUAGCUGUAUUGGAGACAAUAUAAGAGAGCUGUAUUGAAGACAAUUUUUAGAGAGCUGUGUUGGGAGAUAAUUUUAGAGAGCUGUAUUGGAGACAAUAUUAUAGAGCUGUAUUGAAAGACAAUUUUAGAGAGCUGUAUUGGGAGACAAUAUUAGAGAGCUGUUUUGGGAGAUAAUAUUAGAGAGCUGUAUUGGAGACAAAAGUAGAGAGCUGAAUGGGAGACAAUAUUAGAGAGCUGUAUCGAAGACAAUAUAAGCAAAGAGGAACUAAAUGAAAAGUGCUGUUUGAGAGAUGAAAGUGAAAUGGUUUUAUCUUCUUCUUUAUUUUGAAUGUCACUUAAAGCAGUUUCACUUUCACCUCUCAAGUUAAUACUAGAGCAUUGAAGUGAUGGUGACAAAAUACUUCUUAGGUGUAUUUCAGAAAAAUCCAUUACCAUAAUAAAUGUUGUAUACCAUGUGUGUAAAUGUAUGCCACUAUAUACUUGUAAUAUGUGAAGUUAUUAUCGGUUAUUUUUAUGUGUAUUUGUCAUCCUUCAUUGUAUUUAGUAUGAGAGUGUAACACAAGGCUGUAAGAGUUGAUUGCCACCAACAGUCAUUCCUAUCACAUGUGCUAGGGUUAUUACUGGUGUUUACUUGUCCUGUUCAUAAUGAAUUAUUCAUAAAUGAUACAAUUUACAUUGUUCAACUGCCAAAAUUACAAUUCAUUUGUUCGAAGAUGUAAAUUAAGUAUUUUAUACAAGUUUCAUUGCAAUCUGACAUCAUGAUAGAAAUAACAUUUGUCACAGACUUCUGGGACAACCCUCGUAUAGUGUCAUUUAGCAGAUUUUAUUUCAGUUUGCUUAACUUUUUUAUUUAUGGAUUGUUUUUCCAGAAUUCACCCGAUUUAAAUCGUUGUUGUGGAACAAUUCAUAUCGUUUAAUUAGCAUUUGAUAUUGAGAAGAAUUCAGGCUUCGUUGAAUUGAUAACAACAGCCCUUGAUAACAAAAUAAUUCCUUUAACAAAAGAAUAUAUUGAAUCCAAUGGGUUUUUGAUACAGAAUCGGCAUCAUAUCAUUUGUUAAAGUGAGAUGCCUGGGAAAUUAUGUUUUAAAUUUAUGUAAUUCUGUGGUUUUUAUGUAAAACUAAACCGAGUUUUCUCUAAUUUCUCUAAAGGAGAUUGUUCAUUUUUGCACCCAGUUAUUCACAAAAUACAUGCUCCUAUAGAAUGGACACUGUUUACAGCAUUGAAAUACUACUGCUCAUAUACGUUGUCAGGUUGUAUGGUAGAUAUUUGAUCUAUGUUGUAUAGUAGAUAUUUGAUAGAUUUUGUCUGGUAGAUAUUUGAUCAAUUUUGUGUGGUAAGCUUGAAUAAUUCUUGAAAAAUUAAGUGUGCAGAAAUGUGUUAUGGUAACUGCAAUGAUAUGUUAUUUUUUAUGACUAGUACAAAAUUUAUAUUGUAGAUUUUCUGAAAAAAACAACUUUAAAAUCUUGUUUAGAACACAUAGCAGUUCUAUGUUUGUUUUCUAUGUGAGUAAAUCGUGUAGUACCUAAAGUUAUAUUAUUUGUGCAUGUUAUCUCAGACAAUGUUUAAUAUGUUGUUAUACAUGCAUUUUAAGGAACCGUAUCAUUAAUAAUAGUAUGGCUAUGUCGAAAGGAGAUAAGUAUUAUUCUGUAUGAUAACGAAAUCAUUUUGAUUUUUUUUAUAUGGGUCACUGUAAAUGUUUGGUAAAAGUAUGUUUGUAGAAGCAACGCUAUCUCUGGCAUUAUAAAUCUGUCUUGGCUGGUCCAAGCCUGCAUUUCAGCUUUGUAAAUUUGUUUUAGAGUUUGCUUAAACUAAUGUUAUAACAUAAUGAAUCACAAAAUUCCUAGUUUAACCUGUACAUUCUAAUAGCAAAAAUGUAAAUCAUGUUGAUGAAAUGAAGUGAAGUAUUCUGGCAGAUUUUUCUUUUUGAUGGGAAAAUUCAUUGAUUUUGUAUUAGAGAUUGUUUUUUUUUAUGGGAAAAUUUAUUGAUUUCGUAUUAAAUCCAUUUCUUAAUUGUUUCAAUUAUUAUAUCAAUCUUAAACAGAGUUGUCAAAUUCACAAGCAUUCAUUAUCUAUGUUCACAUAAUACAGUUGAUUUGUGUUUUUAUACCUCAAACUCAGCUAGUCAGUGUACAGAUAUGUGUUUGGUGUCCAUGAUUGCUUGAAGGCUAGUGCUGUUAAUAUAUACUGCCUACCCUUCAUAGAUACACGGAUAGAUAAUGUUAUUUGGAGUUUGCAUCUGUCCCCACAUGAGCUCCUUUUUUAUCAUACUUCAUUCAAAACUUCUAUAUUGAAUUAUUUUAAUCAACUAGCCUUCGACUCAAUAUCCUCAAUAAAUUUAACUUUAAAGUUAUUAUUUUAGUGUGACAAAUUAGAUUUUUUGAAAAGCAAAUUGAAAUUUAUCUUAUCUAAAGUAUGAAGUAAAAAAGACUUUAUAGAAGAUAUGUUGCCAUUGUUUGUACAGUUAUAUAUUUUUGCACUAUGUUUAAAAAAUGUUAGCUACCUUGAAGUACCAAUUUUAUGUUUAAUUUUUCUUAUACAUAAAACAAUCUAGAUAAGAUAUGAGACCAGCCAAAACUAAAGUAUUUAUGUAGAAUUUUAGGUAUUCUUUUCCACGUUCUUUUAAUGUUUGCAUUUAUCAAUGUAUCAAAAUUGGCAAAGAUUUGAUGUUAUCACCUCAACAUUUGGUGCUUCACAAUUCAAACAGCUUUAAUAACCUUGCAUCGAUCUUCGUGUCUGCCAAAGUUAAGAUUAAGUGUUUUAUCCAGGGUUCCAUGACAUACUAUACAUAUUGUACAUGCAUGUUAUAUAUUGUAUUUUAAUUUACUAUGGUUUGAAAUUCCCCUCCCUCCCCUCCAUUGUUUUCUAGAAUAUAUGUAUCUGUGAUAUUAUGAGUAAAACAAUGAUGGGAUACUUCCCAACUAUCUCAUAGCAAUGUAAGAAUACAGUGUAAAUCUUGAACUUAAAAAUUGCCACAUCCUAUAUGCAUUGUUCUCCUCUUGCAAGCAGUGAUCUCCCCUAACAAGAAACAAGCAGUGGUCUCCCCUUAAAUGUAUCUAUAUUUAUGUACAAAAAGGGGAGUAAAUACUCAACUACUUGUAAUAGCAUGAUAUCAACUUGUUACUCACCUUGACAUUACAAACCGACUAUGUUAGACUCUGUCAAGAAAAUGUUUGUAGGAAUAGGAGGAUUUUAUUAUGUUUUCCAGUGGUUUAUGAAAAUGAGUAUCAAUCCCAUAGUUUUCAUGCACAGGUUUUGGACAGAAUUUCAACAAUGUCGUUUCCAAAAUGAUGUUACGUUCACAUAUUUUUUGUAGUGCUGUCUGAAAAACUACAGUAAUCUGUCAUUUCUAACCUUUAAGGCAUGUAUUUUUAAAAAGAAAAUCAGUGUUAGAUCGCAAUAAACCAAAUGUAAAUAUUUCACUAAUGGCUACAUCAUUUUGGUGUUGCUUUGGUAAUAUUGAUCUUACACUGAAACAAGCUUUUAUCAUCUAUAUUGUUUGAUAGUCAGUGCACCUUCGCUAUGAGUGGUUUUUGUGAGGUAUGGCACCAGUGCACCUUCGCUAUGAGUGUUUUUUGUGAGGUAUGGCACCAGUGCACAUUUGCUAUGGGUGGUUUUUGUGAGGUAUGGCACCAAUGCACAUUUGCUAUGGGUGGUUUUUGUGAGGUAUGGCACCAGUGCAUAUUUCCUAUGGGUGGUUGUUGCAAGGUAUUGCAUUAUUGUUGCAACUCACAUUAUAAGCUCACCUGAGCACAAAAAAGUGCUACACAUGAGCUAUUGUGAUAGGGUGGUCAUCCGUCAUCAUCAUCUGUGGUUUAUCCUUUUCAUUCAAACAACUUUUCCUCCAAAACCACUGGGACAAUUCCAACCAAACUUCACAGGAAUGUUCCUUGGAUGGUCCUAUUCCAUAUUCCUACAAUAAAAGUGGUUCCAAGAAGAACCCAUGGCAAUCUAAAGAAAAAACUGAUGGUCCGAUUUCAAAAUAAUUUCACAGAAAUGUUCUUUAGGUGACCCUAUAUCAAAUUCCUUCACACCAUGUUGAUUUGUAAAAAAAAACAUGGUCGCCAGGGUGUGGGGCUAGUUUUCUCUAUUUGUCUAUAUGAAAACUCUCCUUAGAAUCCGCUGGCCCGUUUUUAAAAUAAUUUGAUAAGAGCGUCAUCCUAUAUGUAUAUAUCUUUAAAACCCUUUGUCCAAUCAGGUGAGCGAUAUAGGGCCAUCAUGACCCUCUUGUUAUAUACUAGUAUUUAAACAGUUGUCCCUUUCUGCUUACAUAUUGAGAGUUAUAAGUGAAAUAGAUAUAUCUGCUUAUGUUUUAUUAUGCCACUUGGAACUUUAUUGCUCUCAUCUCUCAAUAUGUAGGUAAUCUUUAGUUUUGCUGCCAGUUAAGUUCUGUGUACCUCGUUGGCAUGGUAAAUUAGAUAUACACAUUUGUUCAGUAGUUCUUGCAAUGUAUAAUCCAAGACUUUUGUGGCUUUGAUUAACUUUUCAAAUAUUAUGUAACAGAGUUCAUAUAUGAUGGGUUUUACCAUAUUAUCUGCACUCAAUAAAAAGGAAAAAAAAAUAUAUAUUAAAAACACUUGUUCGUAUUGACAUUAGCCACAUGUAUCUGCAUUAGCCACCCGUUCAUCCAUGUUCCACUUAAAAGGCUUAUACUUUUAUAGAAAGUGUUUGUGCAUUGACUGCUCAUAUUUUAUGUUAACAUGUAUAGAAUGUAUGUAAGAGUCCCUCUAAUUGAAACAUAUCCCCCUUACCCCUCCCAGUGUAGAUCUUCUUGUUACUUUCUAGUUCAGGGCUAUUCCAUUUACACAUAUAACCCCCAGGGGGAAGGCUUUUUUUUAUAAUAAACCACCCUACAGGAGCAAAUUUACCCUCUCGGGGUCCAAAUUAACGAAAAAAAAAACCCACCCAUAUACUAUUUAAAUAAUUGCCUUCCACGUGUGGGUUAUAUGUUUUACUGGAAUAGUCCUCAAUGGUAGCUGUUGUUGUUACUAUCACUUUAAACGUGAUGUCCUUGAUUAUAUAAUAUAUUAUAUGUUUGUUUUUGAUUGCAAUCAUAGUGCAUGGUUGCCAUUCUUCAUGGAAAUAGACACCUAGUUUGAGUAACAACUGACUCUAAAGUGGUAUGCAUUCAUUUCACUGUCAUUGUAAAUACUGCAUUUAUCAAAAACAAGAUGAGAAUGUUUAAAUAUGACAAAUUUAUGAAAAUAAUUUAUUUGAUUAAAAUUGAGUAAUAAAUGUGAUAUUUUA